AUGAGACGUCCGGGCACCCUGCCAUCCGUUAAUUCUCACACCACUUCGGCAAUAACGACGUCGCAACAGCGUACCGGUCCAGCCGGUAUUUUUUGCGCGAGUCCUCAGACUCCAUCGAGUGAAAUAUUGGCGUCUAGCAACGGCUCCGCGAGCCUUAGGAGCUCCAAUUCAACAGCCACUACCGGGGCCAAUCAUCAUCACCAUCAUCAUCACCAAAACUCGAGUCACUCGUUGCGACGUAAUCAUCAGCAGUCCUCGCCUGCUCCGGCACUGCCAGCCCGCGUUGACUCGAGCUCAACCACCGAAAGACAGCAGCAGAAUAAUCCGAGGAUUUCGAAUGGUAUGAUACCCGGUCAUCCGCCACCUCCGCCCAGACACUCGCCGCCCUGUCCGCAGUCGUCCUAUCCGACUUUGGCUAUUAACGGUCACGCUGGCCCGGCCUCGCAUCAUUAUCGUCACUACAGAGGCGAACGCGACAGGUCGAGGGAGCGCAGCCUCUCCCGAGACCGUGAAAUGCUCCCUACGUCCCAUAGAAUCGAGAGCAAACAUCGAACCGAAAGCAGUCUCGAGUUGGAAGGCCACGAGGAUGAUUCGAGCAGCGGAAUAGGUACUUACAGGGCGUAAAAACCCACGGCAACGUUCCUUGGAACCCGGCCGAAUUCGUCGUCGCUUCUACCAAACAACCACUGCAUCGACUCAGCCGGACGCGCAAUGUACCGUGCCGCGCAGGCACGAGAUUUCAUCUUACGAAAGACUGAAUCUAACGAGAAUAGUGUUCCAACGAUGCCAAGAACGAGAAUAGAUAAAAGUCAUGCGGAAAUCUUUUCUCCUUCCGUGUGUUUACACCCGGAAAUUUAAGUUUUUAUGCCUUUCGUUUUGUGUGCAAAAUUAUGUGCGCCAGUAGGUAAAUGUGUCAAGUUCGAUAGUGGAACGGUCUAAUAGAUCUGAAUGGAUUUGAAAAACGAACAAACAAACAAAAUAAUAAAAAAAAAAAUGAAUAAAUAAAAAAAAACAAAACAAAACAAAACAUAUUUAAAAAUCGAAACUAAAAAAUAAGCGAUAACGUUUGCAUCGUGUGCAAUGAGCUGAUGCAUAAAUUUGCAUCAUUUCGGGCUCACGGACGUUCAUGUGCGCAAGGAGAUUAAUGGUGCAAACGCGAUCGUGUAUAUCAGUGAAAAAUCAAGAGUGCAGCCAUUAUAAAUAUAUAAAUAUACACACAUACAUAUAUAGAUAUGACUGUACGUCGAAUUAUUUUCUAAAAUGGAUAAAGAUCGAGCAGUUAGGCAAAAAGUGUGUCUAAUGGUGUAGCAGAGUCCUCGACCCCGAUGAAUAGUUGUAUCGGUAUAUUCGAUUGGGAAAAAGAAAGAAAAAAAGUUGAAAAACAUUUGCGUAAUGUUUGAAAAUAAGAUUGAAAGGAAAAUAAAGCAUUCCUCCCAUGUGUAAAAACAAGAAAUAUAAUUAUACGAUUACGAUUAACCUCGAUAAGGUUUUAGUCCCUGUGGUUAGUUACUGUUAAAAUGACCCGGACACGAGAGUGAAUGCUUGCGAUAAAUGUGAAUGAAUGAUGCAUUUAGUUACUGUACAUUUUUUUGGUUUAACCAGUCGCGAACGUUCGAACGUACGCUGUAACCCGAGAACGUUUCUCCACGUAUUCCCGGACAGUCUGCUCGUCGGAAUUCUCGUUCGAGCGAGAGAACGACGCGGCGUUUUGCGAGACGAAGGAAAAGGGAGACGGAAAAAGGUGACUGCACCUUGAACCCUCGCUCACAAACGUGUUCAGAAAAAGGGAGAGAGAGAGAGAGAGAGAGAGGACGAAAGAGCGAGGAAUUGCAACGUUUAGUAUCUAGUCGAAUCAACAUUGCAUACCUUUCGAUGCAAUUCUUAAUACAUUUUUUUUCUUUUCACUUUCUCACGUGUUCACACAGCUGACGAGUCGUUGUACGAUGUAAAUUUAUUUAUUUAUUUUUAUUUAUUGAAAAUUUGGUUUUACCUCGAAGUGCUUAUUUUUGUUAUAUUUCUUUUGUUGAGGAUUGCGUUACAAAGAGGCACAGAAAAAUUGAAGGUCUCGCCCUUCGAGGAUCUCGUUUUCGUAAUUUUCUACCUGAAUUACGUUUUUGCGUCGCGAGAAUAAAAGAAAGAAGAUGAGGAAAAAAUACGUAAAGCAAUGGUAAAUCGUUUGAAAUUAUUUAACGUCACGUACGGCUUGUGCUCGUUGACCCAGUAAAUCAUUUCUCACUUCCGAGAGGAAUUUCUCUCUCCCUCUCUCUUUUGCCUCUCAUAAACUUUUUUCUCUCCCAAGAUAGAGGCAGCAGCACAGCACAGGAGCGGAUUAAUACUUUGGCAUUAUCGAUAGCUCUCGCAUUCCCCAAGAGAACGGGGUACGGCGGAUAGGGAGUGAAAGAAAGACAGAGAAUAUAAAACCUCGUACACCCCCCUGAUAAAAAGUCACGUGGAGAUCGUAUCCUCCGUGUACGUGCCAGCAAUCCAUUUGCCCCCCACGAAGCGUGGUGCCACUCCAAAAAUCCAACCCCCUCGGCUGCUUUUUUGCCCUUAAUCCGUUCCUUGCUUCCGCUUUUCUCGUAUUUUCUUUCCUCUGUCUCUUUCUAUCUGCUUUUUUUUCUCCAUUCCCCGUUACAUUGUUCUCGGUAUACGCGAGAAGAAAUUCUCGUUAUCGAAAACCCACAUUUUCAACAAAUACUCGUUUACUUCAUCCUCAAAAUGGCGUUAUUUUUUGCUCCCUGCCUGCCAGCCGGCUUUUCUCCCGUUGUAAAGUAAAAGUGCAAUCGGAGCAAUUUGUUCAAAUAACAAAAAACAACCGAGCGCUUUCUCGGGCCCUAGGAUCCGUAAAUGAGAGCAAAUCAUAAGGUCGUUAUUUAAUCCACUCCGUGCCGAUCUUUUGUUACUCGUUGAAAAAAUUUCCAACCAGAAACUUCCGAUAUGUUAAUGCGCAGAAUAAGAGUCGAAAAAGAAAAAAAGAAAUUCGCACACGUUUCUUUAUGCCUAUGAUGGGGAUCGUUCGGGAACCGAAUUCCUCAAAAACAUGCUCCAUUAUCAUUUCUGCCUUUGUUUAUAAACGAAAAGUGGAUUAACUUAAAAUACGGUUAAUAUCGUGACGCAAAUGAAGGCAAAAUCAAUGAAAACACGUAUCUUAAUGCUAGUCAAAAAAUGAUGCGAGAGAUAAAAAAAAAAGAAAAAAAGAGAGAGAGAGAGAAACGUAUGGAAAUCGUGGCUUGAAGGUAUUGUACAAAGUUGUAAGAUGAAAAAAAAUGAAGAGAAAGAGAGAGAAAAAGUGAGAGAGAAAAUUCGUAUGACUGUGUACUUGUUCGUAUAUGUACGAAUGAAUUAAACUGUAAGCUGCGCAAAUUUUCUGACACCUCGUCCACACUUUUCUAUCCCAUAGUUAAUCCGAUCCUUUGAUAAUAAAUUGUGACGGUUCACAUUCAAUUCUUUUGUUAUAUAUUCAUAAAUAUAUAUAACAGCAUAAAUAAAUAAAAAAAAUAUAUACAUUAAAUUGUAAUCUUUGUAUAUCUUGUGCACAUGACUAAUUGUCGCCUCCAAACCGCACAUGCACACUUGUUCCUAACCCCGCUGCCAUAAUUUCUCGCACACGGAGACUGCCUUUCCGUAAUAUUCUGCUGCGAGAAUCCUGCCCCCGAGACAGGAUAACGAAUGAAUGCACCAACGUGGGAUACGAUAGGGAAGCAACAAACAAAUGGAAAAAGAGACAAGAAACUUUUUUGAAUAUUGAAUAUUGCGGUGGUGAGCCCUCGGGUCGCGGUAGAGAUGACGAAAAGUUUGUAAAUUCGUGUAAAUCAAAGCGACGCGCCUUAUCGUAAAAAGCAAUAUACGAGAGAUGAAACUUGACGCAAGAGAGAUUUUAAAAAUGAUGAAAAACGAAAGAAAAAAAGAACUGUACGCGAUACAAAAGUGUAACAUUUCCGACGAGUGCUUUGGUUCCCUUUCUUUUCAUUUUUAUUUUUUUCAGACAAAGAAGAUGUAAAAUAUUUUAAGAUUGGAAAAAAAAAAGAAAUUCUUAAGAAGUGACUGAAUUAAGAAAUAUUGCAAAUGGAGCAAGAAAAAAAAACAGCGGAAGGAAUGCACGCACUCGCUCCAAUAUGUUCGUUAGGCUAGCUACGUCGCUCCCGCGAUUCUCUCCUUCUCUUUUCCCAUCCCCUUUCCCUCUCUCUCUCUCUCUCUCUUUCUCAUAUUUCAUUAGUAAAACUCUUUCUUGCGGUGUUCUCGGGUGGAACGAAAACGUAAAGAGAGAAAGAGGAGAAUGAGGAGAGGGCCAGACGAAUGUCGAAAACACACGCACGCGAGAAUACGAUGACGUGCAAUAUGAGUGUAAAAUAGUGCGUGGUUGCCUCGAGAUUUCAAUCUCAAUAUGAGUUUGCUCAUUUCGAGAGUGUCCUUCCUUGCUCCGCACACCAUUAAAUUUAUUCAUUCUCGUUUUUCCUCUGAAUCAAGCAGCUACACGAGUCUCCUUAAUUACCGCUCGGCCAAUGCACCCCUUUCCUACUUUUUUAUUUGUGUCAAAUCUUUUGUUUCUCAUUUCAAUGGACCAACGGGCUAUUCUCGUCUCAGCCUAAAUGGCCAAAUAAUUCACUGCCAGAUGCGCUUGCGGCUCGUAUUUCAGGCCUCCUCUCUUCCUCUUUCUCGUUUUCUCCUUCAUCCUUUGACAAUUUCGUUUCGCCGGGAGAUUCCCCAAGAUCGAAAAAGCCAGCAGGCGCGACAAGAAAUAUCUCGCAUACACGCAAGAAAAAGUUACGAGAAUCCCAUUCUGGAGGCAACUCCGCCAAUUCUCCUUUUCUGUAAAUAUAUCAACACAUUCGCACACUAAACACAAAUACACACGUACGUACGUGGAUUCACGUAAACAUGCGUCUCGAUAAUCGGGAUGAUAAUUGUACGGAAGAAUGGGAGAGAAAUUGAAAAAGUUGUCGCAGGCGAGAAAAUACGAUAAAAAUGCAAAGAAACAAAAAGAAUUUUUAAAAAUUCAUUCACCGUCUUAACUCAAUUAACUCCUCUCCUUUAUUAACCUUCGAGCUGUACUCUAUAAACGAAAAAAACAAUAAAAACGAAAAAACAAAAAAAAAAGAAAGAAAAAGAAGAAAAAAACACAAUUGCUGAUGUAUACCGCGCCACGUUCGCAGCUGUCGUGGUUUGUAAAUAUUAGAAAUGCGAAUAAAUUAAAAAUUAAGUUAACGAAAGGAAAAGUAAGAGUUACAGAAACGAGCGAAUGAAGUAUCGGGAGGAUGGGCAAAAAAUAUUGAGGAAUAUGCGCGAGAGAUCGAGAAAAUCUUCCGACGCGAUUGACGGAUUAUUUUGGCGUUAAUCAAACCGGAUGAAAAACAAUAAUAACGAUAGUAAUGUAAUGGCGAAGUGAACGAUCCGUUCGCUCGGAGGAUUAUCUCGGAAUUCGACGAGCAAAGCGAAGUGAAAACAAUUAGGUUACUAUAUAAAAUGUUAUAAGUAUAUUUCAGCAUUAUUUUGUACAUAAACAACUUUAUCAGCGGAUAUUCAGAAAUCAUCAAUAAAAAUCUAUAUAAAAAUAAAAGAGCGAUUAAGUCGA